AUGUCUGGACCCACGUACAUUUCAAACCCCGCUCUGUGGGAACAAUUUCAUCACACGGAGGGGGGUGAAAACUUCAUUCCGUCAAUACGACGAAACGCUCAGAGAGGAGGAGGUAUCUUAAACAUACGAAAAGCUUACAUGAUUCCCUUGAAAUCUCGCAAUCCCGUCCCCAAUCACACCAUCCAUCAGGUGACUCCCGUGGCUGCCGAGCAGGAGAGAGCCCUAUCCGAUUUGAAAAAAACCAUCCGUAACGACGAGCCUCACAUGCCUCUCAAGAAAACAAUAAAAAGAAAGAAAACGAAGAAAUCGAUCAGUCGCACAUCGACUUCCAAAGGGAGAGGACGUAGCGAGAUCAACACGUCGGUGGCAGAACCCUCCGAACUGUCUCUCUUUAGCGAUCCUCCGAACCAGGUGGCGGUACAAAAAAUCUAUUUCUCCGAAAUACGACCCAUUUCGUCCUUUGACGGCGAAACCGCUCCUCUCGAAUUCGCCGUUCCGGGAGGGGGAAACGAAUACCUCGAUUUGAGGAGGAGUCGUCUGUACUUGAAAGCCAAAAUCACCAAAGCUGACGUUACGGCCCUAACGUCCUCUGAAAAAACGGGUAUCGUCAACUUACCACUACAGUCCCUAUUCUCUCAGAUCGACGUCUACAUAAAUGGGAAAUGCAUCUCGCAGAACGCCAAUAAUUAUCCUUGGAAAGCUUACCUCAAAGUCCUCUUGUCUAAUGGGCCCGCUGCCACCAGCUCUCAGUUGCAGACCCAGCUGUACUACCCAGACAAGGAAGCCCUUGACGAUCCAGAUGCCGCCGGGGGACGAAACCAGGGUCUUCGAUUGCGCUACGUCUUUACGCAGCUGUCUAAAACUUUCGAUCUGGAGGGUCCCCUGUACGUCGACUGUUUCUACCUCGACAAGUACCUGAUGAACGGCGUCGACCUGCAACUGAGACUAUUUCGUUCCAGAAGCGAAUUUGUAUUGAUGAGUAAGGAAGCCUCUCCGAAUUACAAAGUGACCAUCCUCGAUGCCGUCUUUAAGGCAUGUAAAAUCCGAUUAGACAGCGCCGUCUUGCUGAACCACGCCACUGCCAUCACCAAAUCACCGGCCCGGUACAACUACCUGAAAACCGACGUCAAGAUGAUGACCAUCUCGGACAAGACCAGUGAAGUUUACUGGGACGACGUGUGGAACGGAAGAAGACCUUCCAAGAUGUACGUCGCCUUUGUGAAACAAUCGGCCGUCAAUGGAAGUUACGAGGGCAAUCCGUUAAACUUCCAACACCUUAGUCUGUCCGAAAUCGUCGUGACCGUCAACGGAGAACCCACUCCCGUCCGCCCCCUGAAAAUGGACUUUGAAACAAAUCGAAAUUACGUCUCCGCUCUCUGUAACCUGUAUCAAGCGUCCAAAAAAUGGUACAAGGAUGACGGCCUGAUCAUCGACCGUGACCAGUUUUCGAAAGGCUACGCUAUUUACGCCUUUGACCUCGACCCCAACGACCUGGGUGAGGGGUAUAUAAACCUGGUUCAUCAGGGAAACGUCGGAGUAUACGCUCGAUUCGCUACACCCACUUCGGAGACCGUCAGUGCUCUUGCUUUUUGUGAAUACCCGGGUCUCCUCCUCGUCGAUCAAGCCAGAGAGAUACGACUACUGUAG